AUGAAUUCCGAGAAAAGGAAAAAUAGUCAAAAUAGUCAAAAUUUAUUUAGUAAAUUUCCAUUCGGGUUAGUUGCCUAUUAUCGUUGUACAGAAGGUAAAAACAAAAUUUUAGGAGACUCCUCGGGAUGUGGUAGAAUAGCUCAUAUUCAAAAUGAUGGAAAUGCCUUUGACGACUCUCCUUGGAUGUUCAAAAUAAAAAACAAAGAAAUUCUUAAUUUAGAUAAUUUAGGAAAAAAAAACAAAAAAAAUUAUUGUCUUGAUGUAAGUGGGCAAUCUAAUUGCUAUAUUGAAAUAGCAUCAGAUAAUUGUGUAGAAAUUUUAGGGGGUAAUUAUAGUACUAAUGAACAAUGUAUAAAUAUAAAAAAAGAAAUAUAUAAGAAUAUAUCAUCAAAUGAUAUUAAUGAAGGUUUUACAUUUGAAAUGUGGAUAGGAAUAGAAGAUAAAAAAAUAAAAAAUAAAAAAGAAAAAAAAAGUUUUUGUCUAAUUCAAAAGGGAACAGAAUAUUCCGAAUGGGGUAUAUAUCUAAUUAUUGAUGAUUAUGAAGAAUGUAAAUUUUUGAUAAAAUAUAAAAAUCAAAAUUUUGAAUUUGAUAAAUUUCCUAUUUCUCAUUUAAAAACAAUCAAAUUUAAUGAUUAUUAUUGGAGUUAUAUAUCUAUAGUUUUUAAUAUUGGGAUUGAUCUUAUAUUUAUAGUAUUAUCAGGAGAUUAUAAUUAUUUUUUAAACUUAUACAAAAAUAAAUAUGCAAUUUUUUAUAAUAAUUCAUUAUAUCCUACUAAUUUUUUUCCAGAUUCUAAAAACAUUGUACCUUUAUGCAUAGGCAAAUAUAAUUCCCAUUUAAACAAUUUAGGAGAUAUAAUUAAUAAAAAAAAAAUUAAAAAAAAUAAUAAGGAAGAUUAUGAAAUUUGCUCUUUUUUAGUAACAGAAAUAAGAUUGUUUGUUGUAAGCCGUUCAGCUGAUCUUGUCAUAGAACAGUAUAAUCAACCUCUUGAAUUUUUUUCAAACAUUUCGGUAAGAAGCGGAAUUAAAAAUGUAGAUGAUGAUGAUGAUGAUGAUGAUGGUGAUGAUGAUGAUAAUGAUGAUGAUGGUGAUAAUGACGAUAAUGACGAUAAUGACGAUAAUGAUGAUGGUAAAAAAAUACUAAAAUCAGAUUCAAACAAUUCAGAAAAUAGUUACUAUAAAUUUAAUUCAUCAGAUGAUAGUCAAUAUUGCUAUAAUGAUAAAAGAGAGAACAAAAAAAAUAAAGAAAAACAAGAAAAAAAAGAAAAAAUGAAUAUAGAUGGAAACAAAUUCAAAAACAACACACAUAUUAAUGAUGAAAAUAUUUAUAAAUCAGGAGAUUCAUUUUUUGAAAAUUACAAUAAAUAUGAUGACGAAAAUGAUAAUAAAACGAUAGAAUAUAAAUGCACUGAAUUUAAUAAUGAAAUUGAAGAAAUGAAAAAAAAAUUUAGUCAAUUUAAUGAUGAAAUAAAAGGGAUGGAUAUUAAUAAUGAGAGGUUCAGUUUUGGUAGUGAAAAAGAUAAAAAAAAAAAAAGCAAAAAAAAAAGAAAAAAAAAAAACAAAAAACAUGAAUCAGAUAAUGAUUCACAUUAUGAGAAUUUCUCAAGUGAUUCAAAUCGAAAGUUUACAAAUUUUGAAUUUGAAAAUAAUUCAGAAUUUAUAAAAAAUGAGGAUCCAUCUAGUAAUGAUAUUGAUGUAUCUAAAAAAUCUCAGACAUUUUAUGAUGAUAAUAAAAAAAAUAAGAAAGAAAAAUGUGAAAGUAGAAAAGAGAUGAAAAAAAGUUCUAGGAAAAAAAAUGUUCAUAUAGAUGAAGUGAUGUCACCCUAUUUGAAUGCAGAAAAUUGUAUCGAUUUAAAAAAUAACAAUAUAUCAUUUUUUAAUUUUUCCGACGAAGAUAUUGCUAAAAAAAAUGGUGGAGAUGGUUAUGAUAAUGAUAAUGGUGAUGGUAACGAUUGGGAGGGGAAGAAAGAGCGUAAAAGUAAGUUAAAUUUGGAAAAAAACAAAAUCGAAGGGGGUGAGAAUUUAUUUCGAAGCUCUGGGAAGAGGCGUAAAAAUCAUGAUGUAAAUGAUACAGAUAAUAAAUUUGAAGAUAAAUUACAAAAUAAAAAAAGUAACAGCUUUCAUAAUAUUGCAGAAAAAAAUAAAGAUGACAAAAUAAAUACGGAUGACAAAAUAAAUAUGAAUGAAAUAAUUAACGAAAUAAAUCAAACUUUUGAAAAUAAGCUUUUUAAUAUGUUUGCUGAUAAGUGGGUUCAAAACUUAGGGGUGUCACAAAAUGAUCGUGAUAAAUUUUUGGAAAAUUUGAAAAAACAAAGAGAUUUCAUAGAUUUAGAAAAAAAGAAACAAAAAAAAAAACACAUUUUUAAUAAUAGUGGCGAAAGUAAAAAUAGUGAUAUAGAUAAAUAUGAAUAUGAUGAUAUAAAAAGAAAAUAUAAUGAACUAAUAGAAAAAAAAGAAUUAGAAAAAAAAAAAAAAAUUCAAGAAAAUUUAAAAGAAGAAAUAAAAAAAAUAAGAGAACAAUCACCUUCUGAAAAAGAAUUAAAUAAUUUUAUUAAACAGAAUAAAAAAAUGAAUAAAUAUUAUGUAAAAAAAUAUCGUAUUCUAACUCCAAAUUCGAGAGAAUCAAAUACAUCUAUUAAUGAUAUUCAAUCGGAUAGUGAAAAAAGUAAUAACACAAAUGAAUCUAAUACUGGUAAUUCUGUGGAUACAAAUUUAAAAAGAGAAGAUAAUAUUCAUGACUUUUUUAAUUUUGAAAAUGUGGAAUAUAUGAAUAAGAAAAGUGAGCAUUCUUUUGAUAGUUGCGAGUUAGCAUUUGGCAAAAAUAACAUGAAGGAUGAAGAGUUUGGCAAAAUGGGUGGUAGCAAUGUGAGUGGAAGCAAAAUGGGUGGCAACAAUGUGAGUGGCAGCAAAAUGGGUGGCAGCAAUGUGAGUGGCAGCAAAACAGAUCUCGAAAUAAAUAUUGGUAAAAAAUAUUAUCGAUAUAUAUGGCCAUUGACACAUUACGAAAUAUAUAUUAUAAAAAACUUUCACAAAUAUGGAAUAAAUAAAGAAUUAAAACAAUUAAAAAGUGGUAGUAUUAGUAGUAAUAAUGAUAAAGAAGAGAACCGAUUAGCAAGAAACAGUAUAAAUAUAAAUUAUAUAAAAUAUAAAAUAUCAAUGAUGAGAUAUUUAAACAAUUUAUGUAUAAAAUAUAUUUUAGAAAAAAAAUAUACAAAAGGUUUAAAAGCAUGUUUAAAAAAUAAAAAAUAUAUUCAUAAUUUUAUUAAUAAUUAUUGUAGUAUACAAAAUUGUGUAUUAAAAAAAAAUUAUAAAAUUGUAAAUAUAUGUUUAAAUGUAAAUUAUUUUAAGAAUGUAACAAUAGAUGAAUUAAAAAUUAUUAUAAAAAAUAAUGUAAUAAAUAUUAUAGUGUGUAAAAUUUUUAUACUUAUACAUGAAUACAAAAGAUAUAAAUAUAUAGAAAAUUCAUCUCGAAUUUUAGUUUUAUUAUCUGUCUUAUCUAAAAUGUUAUAUACAUCAAAUGAAUUAAAUAAUCGUUCUAAUAAUGUAGAUAAAUUAUUCAAAAAAGUUUUUACCAAAUUUAUUAUACGCUUAUUUUUAAGAGGCUGUUUAUAUUAUGUAGAAAAAUUAUGUGAAUAUUUUUUUAAAUUGUACCCCUCUUAUUUUACAAAAUUUGAAGAAAAUUAUAAAAAGGAACAAGACGAAAUAAAUGAGGAUCCCCUACAAUCAAAUAUGUCAAAACAUGGCAAUGGCAAUAAUAGCAGCAGCAAUAAUAAUAUUAUCCACGAAAUAUACCAACUCUCUAAAAACCCAUUUCUUAAAUAUGCAAUAUCUUAUAAAAGUAAUAAAUGUUCGUUAAUAAAUAAUCAAGAGAUGGAUUUUGAAAAUUCAAUAAAAACAUUUUCUCCUGAAUGGGGUUAUUAUAUAUACUCGACCAGUAAUUUUAACAUAUUUUCUUCUAGUAUAAAAUAUAACGGUUUUUUAAAACCGUCUCUUGAUAUUUCUGCUCUUAUAUCAGAUCAAAAAUAUGAAUCAUUUUUGAGCAACAACACAAUGUGUAUUCGUGAUGUUAAUGAAUUAGAAGAUGCUGAUAUCCCAAAUUUAAAUAAAAUAAAAGAAGAGAAACCAAACGAGAUGCUCAACACAAAUCAAGACAAUGAUAAAAAAAUAUGUUUGUCAGAAAUUUCUAAUAGCAUAGUGCCACUCGAAGAAAAUGUGGAAAAUGCGGAAAAUGUGGAAAACGUGGAAAAUGUGGAAAAUGUGGAAAAUAUGGAAAACGUAAAAAACAUAUUUAAAAAAAAUAGUAACACAUGUUUAAUUGACUAUUUAAAAAAUUAUGAAAAAAAAAUGAAAAAUUAUUAUAUUAUUGAUGAAACAUUAAAAACAAUAAAAUUUAAUAGAAAACAAACAAAUUAUAAUUUAGAAAAAUUUUUUAAUAAUCAUUAUAUAAGUAAUAAUAUAAAUUUUACAGAUAAAACAUAUUUUCAAAAUUUUAUGAGAAAGGUUAAUUAUGAUGCCUUUUUAAAUACAUCUAAAUAUUCUUAUAAAAAUAAAGAGUUAUUUGGAAAUUGCCCAUAUUGCAAAAAACAACUUAAAAGCUUUUCAAAUCUUUGUGAUUCAUGCCAUAACCCUAUAUAUUUAUGUUACUACUUUUUUGUCUAUUGCACAUACAAAUAUCGUUGCCAACUAUGUGAUGCAACCUAUUCCGAAAUGUGCAUGAAGAAAUUUAAAAUGGGGUUUACAUGUCUUUACUGUGGAUUGUUUUUUGUUAAGGAAUAG